AUGGUUGCUGGUAUCUUGGACGGCAAGUCCAUUGCACUAGAUCUUCGAAAUAAAGUACAUGAUGAAAUUGUCCAAUUUCAAGUGAAGCACCCCGACUUCAAGCCACAUUUGUCUAUUAUUCAAGUUGGUGGUAGAUCCGACUCUUCGACUUAUGUCAAGAUGAAGUUGAAAGCCGCUGAGGAGGCUGAAAUUGCUUGCGAAUUGAUUCAUUUACCUAUAGAGACAACUGAGUUUGAAUUGUUGAGUGAAAUAUCAAAAUUGAACAAUUCCUUGGAUGUUGAUGGUAUACUAGUUCAAUUGCCAUUACCCAAACAUAUCGAUGAAGUAAAAAUUACCAAUGCUGUUUUACCCGACAAGGAUGUCGAUGGAUUCGGACCAUUUAAUGUUGGUGAGUUGGCCAAGAAGGGCGGUGAGCCAUUCUUCUUGCCUUGUACUCCAAAGGGAAUCAUGCAUUUAUUGAAAGUUUCUCAAGUCGAUGUCGAGGGUAAAAACGCUGUUGUUUUAGGAAGAUCAGACAUUGUAGGUAAGCCAAUGGCUAAUUUGUUGACCAAAGCCAAUGCUAACGUCACCAUUGUUCAUUCUAGAACACCUCUUGAACAAUUGAAAAAUUACUUGAAGAAUGCUGAUAUUGUCGUUGCCGCCAUUGGGCAACCCCAAUUUGUUAAAGGAGAAUGGUUGAAGCCUGGUGCUGUUGUAAUCGAUGUUGGAACCAAUUUUAUUGCAGAUUCUACCAAGAAAUCGGGUCAAAGAAUGGUGGGUGAUGUUGAAUUUGAUGUUGCUAAAGAAAGAGUAGAGUUGAUUACCCCUGUUCCUGGUGGAGUUGGACCUAUGACUGUAGCUUGUUUGCUAGAGAAUGCGUUUCUUGCCGCAAAGAGGCAUUACCAAAAGAAUAAUGAAACCCCAAGAUUUACCAAUCCUUUAAAGUUAAACUUGCAAAAACCUGUACCUUCAGACUUUGAGAUUUCUCGUGCACAACAACCUAAACGUAUUACUCAAGUUGCUGAGGAAGCAGGUAUUUUGGACUCUGAGUUGGAACCUUUUGGCUUUUACAAAGCUAAAGUAUCCUUGGAUAUUUUGAAACGUUUGGAAAACAAAAUUAAUGGUAAAUACAUUUUGGUUACUGGUAUCACUCCCACUCCAUUGGGUGAAGGUAAAUCAACUACGACGGUUGGAUUGGCUCAAGCUUUGGGUGCUCAUUUGAACAAAAACGUUUUUGCAAAUGUUAGACAGCCAUCUAUGGGUCCAACUUUUGGAAUAAAAGGUGGUGCUGCCGGUGGUGGUUAUUCGCAAGUUAUUCCAAUGGAUGAAUUUAACAUGCAUGUUACUGGUGACAUUCAUGCCAUAACUAUGGCCAAUAAUUUGUUGGCUGCAGCUAUUGAUACCAGAAUGUUCCACGAAGCAACCCAAAAGGAUGGUCCAUUAUAUAAAAGAUUGGUACCUGAGAAAAAAGGUAAAAGAUCUUUUACAACAUCCAUGUUGAAAAGAUUGGAAAAAUUGGGAAUCAAUAAAACUGAUCCAAACGAAUUAUCUCCUGAAGAGAUCACUGCGUUUGCUAGGUUGGAUAUUGAUCCCGAUUCCAUCACCUGGAGAAGGGUUGUUGAUUGUAACGACAGAUUUUUGAGAGGCAUUACAGUGGGUCAAGCUCCCACCGAAAAAGGGUACACCAGAGCAACAGGGUUUGACAUCACUGUUGCUUCCGAGUGUAUGGCCAUUUUGGCUUUAGCCAACUCAUUGAAAGAUAUGAGAGAAAGGUUGGGUAGAAUGGUUAUUGGUUCAUCCAAAGCUGGAGUUCCAAUUACUUGUGAAGAUAUCGGAUGUGCUGGUGCUUUAACCGCAUUGUUGAAAGAUGCCAUCAAGCCAAACAUUAUGCAAACUUUGGAAGGCACUCCAGUUUUUGUUCAUGCUGGUCCUUUUGCCAACAUUUCUAUUGGUGCGUCAUCAAUCUUGGCAGAUAAAAUGGCAUUAAAAUUGGCGGGCACCUCAGCAGACUUGAAUUUCGAAGAAAGAAAAGAGCAAGAAGGUUACGUAGUUACUGAGGCCGGUUUUGAUUUUACAAUGGGUGGUGAACGGUUUAUUAAUAUCAAAUGUAGAGCAAGUGGCUUGGUUCCAGAUGUUAUUGUUAUUGUGGCUACUGUGCGUGCAUUGAAAGUCCAUGGUGGAGGUCCCGAGGUGAAGGCUGGUGCACCAUUAGCUCCAGAAUACACUCAAGAAAAUGUUGAGUUAUUGAGAAAGGGAUGUGCUAAUUUGGCCAAACACAUUGCGAACGCUAAGUUGUAUGGUUUGCCCGUUGUAGUAGCCAUCAACAAGAUGUCAUCCGAUACCAAUCUGGAGCACGAAAUUAUCAAGGAAGAAGCCUUGAAAGCUGGUGCUGUUGAUGCAAUUGUUUCAAACCACUGGGAAGAAGGAGGCAAAGGUGCAGUUGAUUUGGCCAAGGGCGUCAUUGAAGCGGCAAACAGAAAGGACAAGCACUUUAACUUUCUUUAUGGUCUCGAACCUUCAGUUGAGGAUAAAAUUUCAACAAUUGCUAAGGAAAUGUAUGGAGCGCUGGAGGUUGAGUUUUCGCCAGAAGCCCAAAAAAAGAUUGAUUUAUAUACCAAGCAAGGGUUUGGGAAAUUGCCCAUAUGUAUUGCCAAAACGCAAUACUCCUUAUCGCAUGACGCUAAUUUGAAGGGUGUUCCAACAGGUUUCAAAUUCCCUAUCAGAGACGUUAGAGCAUCAAUUGGUGCUGGGUACUUGUACGCUUUAGCUGCUGAAAUACAAACAAUUCCCGGCUUACCAACCCACUGUGGAUUUAUGAAUGUUGAGGUUAAUGAAGACGGCGAAAUUGACGGUUUGUUUUAA